AUGCGGUUCAAACUUACGGUAUGCAUUAUUGAGUUCUAAAUUAGGAAUUGUUGAACGAUAAUAAACAGUGAGGCUAAAUUCAACGUGACAGUGAUAGCGUGAUUGGGAUGAGAUUUUCUGGACGUAGACUUUCGGUCUAAGCACGCAAUAUCUAAUAGAUAUGGCUAUUUAUAAAUAUAUGAAAUAUUUGGAGUCAUGUAUUCAUAGGUAUUUACUUAUAUAGCGGUUGCAAAAAAAUAUUUACCUAUCAUUUUAUUUAUUAUUAUAGCAUUUACAUACUAAUUAUUUAGUAUGUAUUUUGCAUUAUUUACUUAGUAUUUAGUAUGUAUUUUGCAUUAUUUACUAAUACUAUGAUUAUAGAAAGUAGAUAUUUUUUUUUUCUUUUAAAUUUGGUGCUAAAUCAAACAUUGUAUCGGUUUGUCGAUUUUUUUGAAUUAUUAUAGGUGAAGCUGUGGACUAAUGUACUGGAAAGAAAGGAAAUGAGUCAUAGACCAGGCGUGAUGUAAAUAUAUCUUUUAUAAUAAACGCUGGGUUUCACCAGAAUCACUAUCGCGAUGACGUUAUUGGAUGCAUUUUACAUUCGUCAUAUUUUGCACUACUGGUGAAUUCUUUUCUUUUUCUAAACUCAUUACGUCACUGAGGAGAGUUCAACUGUGAUUAAUGUAACGAAGAAGUUUUAGCCGUUAGGUAACUUUACAUUACAAUGAUAUUUUUUACAUUAUGAAAGUGAAUUAAUUUAAUCAACCUAGUUUUCAGAGGACAUUGAGAUCAUUAAGAAAUAUCACGGAAUUUUCUUUCUCAUUUUUGAUUUGUAAAUAAUGUUAGUUUAACAGUAGCAAGAAGAUUAAUGAAUUUACUAAUUUUGUUCGACCAUUAUGGGAUGUGAAUCAUAAUUAUCGCUGAAAUCGAAGUGGUUCGUAAUCUAUUUUUAAUUACUUUUAAUAUUCUCUGAACCUUUCGAAACAACAUAACGAUAUAAACUAUUUAUUUGCCCAUUUAAUAUCAAUUUAUCAGUAAACUUAUUUGAGAUUUCAGAAUUUUUUCGACGGUGUAGUUAUGAAGUUAGAGUAG